AUGCGAGCCUUGCUUUGCGUGGACCCAGCUCCCAUAUCCAAGGACUUGCUCUCUCUACUCCCUUCUCUCCAAAUCAUUGUUGGUUCCAGUGUUGGCGUUGACCACAUUGACUUAACUGAGUACCAACUCAGAGGGAUUUGUGUUACUAAUGCUGGGUCAGCGUUUUGUGAGGACGUUGCUGAUUAUGUUGUUGGUUUGCUGAUUGAUGUUCUUAGAAGAGUGUCUGCUGCCGAUCGUCUCUUCAGGCUGGGUUGUGGCCUCUUAUUGAUGAUUACCCGCUUGGUUGUAAUGUACUCGAACCUGGAUAAAGCAAGAGUGACAUUAAGCUAUAAGUACAUUGAUGAUUUGGGGUUGUCUUUCUUUAAGUGCAAAAUGAUAAACUUUAAAGUGAUUUUUAACGGUCAAGGGGGGCUGGGAAAUAUUAAUUCUGAAGUUGCGAAAAGGCUUGGGCCUUUUGGCUGUAGCAUGGUCUACCGCUCGAGGAAGAAGAAGCCUUCUGUCACGUUUCCUUACUAUUCAGACGUCCGUGACCCUGCUGCGAAUGGUGAUGCUCUAAUUCUUUGGUGCGCAUUGACUGAUGAAACUCACCACAUUGUGGACAAAGAUGUCAUGGCUGCAUAG